UUUUACCAUGGCAGAAAGCAAGCAAGAGAGGAGCUUGACUCAUCUUUUAGAUGGCUUGGAAAAGGCCCACAGAGCUGAUGUUCAACUUUACACCUCAGGACACUUAAACCAUAACAAGCUUUAUAAGCCGCAAGAGAAUAUAAAACCGGGAUACUGGGACAGCGCCAAGAAACCAACACAUUUCACGACAGAAAGAAAGCAAUUCCCAGCUCAAAAUAUAUGCGAUGAGACAGCCAAGAAGAUGAAAAAUACUUUGGCUGAUUUCACCCCCAACACCACACUGGUUCCAGUACGUGCCAAAUCUGCCUCUCCUUUCUACAAACACUCUCAGGCACUCAUGGCCAGAGUUGAUCGCCCAGUGAAUGGCCCAUUAACUUUUACUCCUUUGGAAAGGCAGUUGAAAGAGCUUAAAAAGAAAAUAGAGGAAGAAACUGACAGACUCAAUAAGCCACUUAAAAGAGAAGAGUUAGAUGUGCCAGAGAUGAAGGUGUUGAAGUACAAGCCAGUUAAGAACAGCCGACGUUGUGCUGCUGAAGUUGCUAAGGAUGAGUACCAGUUUAUGCCUUCAUAUUUGGCUGGAGUGACUAAAACUGAUCAGUUUAACAAGUUUUUACAUUUUCAGAGGGAUUUUAUUGCCAAGCGUGAUCUGCUAGACAAUGACACCACUGGGAGCAAAGCAUCAGAGAGGCAUGAAAGGAAGUUGGCUCAGGAGCUCCAGAAGAUCUGUGAUUGUAACCGUCCCCAUUUCAAACGGCUGCAGGUCUUUGGGGAUGUGUUUGAAGAUAUUUGCAACAGCUCUUUGAUAUUUGGUGAUAUUCUGAAGGAAGUUAAGAAUGAAUAUGAGCUCUACAUGGUGAUACUUCUGGAUUCUCUGCCUAUAACACAAUACAAGACCCUGAUGGCUCAGGUAAAAGGUAUGGGGAAAAGACCUGUGAAGACACGAGAAAUAGAAGAGCUCAGGCGAGAAGUACAGACCCUUGUGAAAAAAGCCAAAAGUGUCUGGAAGAGAAAUGAAGAACUCAGAAAUGAAUUAGAAAUUCAAUUGUGGGUGAGCCAGUCUCCUGAGAGUAAACUUGUUCCAGAGACCUCCAGGGACCAUGCUAUGAAACUGCCUGAAGAGAAACCUCUUACCCUUGCUGAACAGAUUGAAUCUAUGAGGUGCCAAGUUCUUGCUAAAUGGGAGGAAAUGCAAGCACUAGAGAAAGAGAUUCGAGAAACCAUGACUCAUGCUGGGAUGGCAAAUACUAUAGAGAAGACUGUUAAAGACAUAGAGGCCGAAGCUGUUAAACUCAACUCAGCCAACAGCUUACUUCAAAAACAAAUCAAAGAAGUUCAAUACAACAUCACAAACAUCUUAAAUAGACAGAAGGUCACCAAGGAAAUUCAGCGAAAGUUGUGGGAGUUGCUGAAGAAAUUCUUGUCACUUGAAGAUAAUGAAUCAACGUCAGACAAUUCAGAAGAACAUGUAGGAAGAUAAAUUAUAGAUGCCUUGAUGGUAUACUUGACACUUGAUGGUAUACUUGACACCUUGAAACCAUGCAAAUGAAAUCCAAAUAUGAAAAACUGAUGCUGAAUCUCAGAAUUAAGUAUAAUAAUGCAACUUCAGAAAUAGAAAUGCAUGCCAUUUUUUUACACAAAUUAUCAUGGUUUGGUAUUCUGUAUAUAUAGAAAAAGAUUAUUAUAUACUAUCUAGAAAAUGCCCUGCAUUAGUAAUAGCAAUUGUUUAAAUAACUAUGCCUUUUCCAUGCAGCUUUCAGUAGAAGCUGCCCUCGCUUCAUGAUGGAACCUUUAUUAUGCAAGUGGCAGAGGUUAUUAAUUAAAAUCUCAGGAUGGAACUCACAACUAACAGCUAUUUAAGUAAAUGGAAGCUGCAGCUUCUAAAUAAGAUCUAUUUAUAUCACUGUGUGCAAACACUUUCUUGCAAGUACUGCAUACAGGACUUGAUUUGGACUGGUAUACAGUGGUAUGGCAUACUGGCACCUCUCCUAGAAGCCUUCUUGUUCUACAGAAUCUCAGCUUCCAUUUUAGAAAAGUAAAUGUCUAGCUGUUACAGUUGCAAAAAAACCCUUGAAAACACAAACCAAGUAUAUGUGAAGCAGAAGUGUCCGCCUGAAUUUGCAGAGUGCCCGUAAAGAUAGCUCAGAAGUAUGUAUUGCCCCAUUCAUCUCAAAGAGGUGUUAAUUCAGAUGCCAGUGAUGAUAUUUUAAACGUCAACAUGGUUAAUUAUUUCAUUGCUCAUCCAAGUAUGUAAGAAAAAUAGAGGAAGGAAGGAAGACUGAUAUUAUGAAGAUUUGCACAGACUACUGCAAGUAGCAGCUCUUUUUUUGCCAUGCAACAAGAGGGAGAAUACCCCUACAAAUUAUUUUCCCCAAUCAAAAAGGAGCCAAAAUCCAGGGAGCCCAGGGGAACAUUCAUACUCCACCCAGGCUAUGUCUACAUUGCACAGGUAAAUAACCCCUGACUGGCCCCUGGGUCUGAGCAGCCAGGUAAGCUUAGCCUGGACACGAGUGUCCCCACUGUGUCUGCCAAUGUGUGUCUAUGGCGUAUCCCAUAGUUCUUUCUGCUAAGGUGCUCUAAAAUUCUUUCCCAGUUAGUUGUCAAUUGUCCAAUCUGGGAAAUAUACUGGAGGACUGUCAGAACUUGAGUGAUUUUAGCCACUGACGUCUAACUUGCACCCCCAGCUGGGUAAGAUAACCUGAACUUAGAACUAGGUCACAGGGUUUUUUUAUAUGGAUGGUAGGGUCAGGCUAAAACCUUUGUGCAGUGUAGAAGUACCCUGAGAGAAAACCAAGCCCACGGAGGCUAGCGGAGCCUCUGGGUGUAUUUGAAUCCCCCAGUAAGGUGAAGCUAAACUCAAGAGACUCAGAGACCAUGUACGAUCAAGCUUUGAACAUAUUGUAAUAAAAUUCCUCCUCUAACUUGCUGGGUCCUGCACUUAUUGGUGGAUUUUGCUCGCCUCAGAGAUUCACAGUAGCCCUCAGUUUGGCCACUUUCGUGGCCAAAUCUGCCGUUCACUC